AUGAUUCGCGUAUACAAAUUAUUUAAUCUCCUUUUUGGUGUUUUUGUCGUAAAUUUAACGCUUUGUGAUGCUGUUGACCUGAACGAAGGAAAGUUGAUAGCUGCGAGUGUCAUCUUUAGACAUGGAGAUCGAACUCCUGUGGAGCCAUAUCCUACAGAUCCAUAUAAAGAUCCCAAAUUUUGGCCUGUUGGAUUUGGACAGUUGACUAAUACUGGCAAACAACAGCAUUUUGAAUUAGGAAAGUGGCUUCGUCAGCGAUACAAUUCAUUAGUAAGUGACAAAUACAAUCCCGAUGAGAUGAUUGUAAGAUCAACUGAUAUGGACAGAACUUUAAUGUCAGCCUUAUCAGACUUGUCAGGAUUCUACCCACCAAAAGGAGUUGAUGUAUGGAAUGAAGAAAUUGCAUGGCAGCCAAUUCCAGUCCAUACAGUUCCUGAAAAACUGGAUGAUUUACUUGCAGCCAAAAAGUCAUGUCCAGUUUACGAUUAUGAACUAAAGAAGCUCUACAAAUCAGCAGAGUUUAAAGCAUACGAUAAGAAAUAUAAGCCACUUUAUAAAUACCUCACAGAGAAUUCAGGCAAGAAGGUCGAUUCCCUUCAGUCCGUUCAGAACAUUUUCAGCUGUUUACAUAUCGAAGAAAUUUAUAACUUCACGUUACCUGAAUGGACGAAGGCAGUAUAUCCAAAGAAAAUGUUUGAAAUCUCUGGCUUAUCGUUUGCUGUCAAGACAUACACAACGCAGUUAGCACGUCUCAAGACUGGACCAUUGUUGAAGGAAAUUCUGCAUCAUUAUAAGAACAAAACUGACAGUUUAACUCCAAAGAAUGAAACUAAAAGGAAUUUAUGGAUAUACAGUGCACACGACACAACAGUUGCCAAUAUGCUCAACACUCUAGGUGUCUUUAAAGCUAUUGGAUAUCACAAUCCACCAUAUGCAUCAUCAGUAUUGAUCGAACUUAUUCAAUUACAAGACAAUUAUUACGUACAAGUUUACUAUAAAAAUUCAACGGAACCGAUACUGUUAGAUCUUCCUGGAUGUGGAACUGCAUGUCCUCUAAAUCGAAUGUUUGAAGUUUAUAAAGAUGUAUUACCUGUUAAUUGGGAUGAAGAAUGUACAUUAUCAUUAUUACAAAUGCCGCUGGAUAUAAAUGUUGAGGAAUCAUUGAGUUUAGUGACGAUUUUCGGAUUUAUAGCUGUAAUGUUAUUUGUUGGCAUGAUCGUCUUGAUUAUUGCGACUGUCUACAAAAGACGUGAUUAUUUGAGUGAACAGAAGUGGAACUCACUCAAUAAUGAUUCAUUUAUUUGGAAUUGA